AACUCUAAAAAGAGCUUUUGCGUACUGUUUCGAAUUGUCUCCUUCGUACGGGCAAGCUAUGGUUCAAGAGAACUGUGAAUGAAACUUUGGUAUAUGAGAAAAUCAAUGGUGGUUAUCUGCUAUAAUGUUUUUUGGACCAAGUGAGAUUGAUACUGACGAAAUGGGUUAUGCAAUGAGUAGACUUGAGAUAGAAUCCGAUCUAUGUGAUACUGGAAAAGACUUUUGUGGAGUUGGUAGUAGUAGUGCUAGUCACAGAUCAAGUGAACAUUUGGCAGAUUUGGACCAUGAAAUCAGCCAGGUUACUAAAUUGAAAUCUAGUCCUCAUCAACGGUAUAGCCGUGAAGUCCCCGGGAGACAUCAGUUACCUGUGUCUACUGUGAGGAUGUUGGCUGGUCGAGAAAGUAAUUUCUCUGGAAGAGGAAGGUUUUCCGCCGCUGAUUGUUGCCAUAUGUUAAGCAGAUAUUUGCCUAUAAAAGGUCCUUGGCUUGUAGAUCAAAUGGACAGCCGAGCAUAUGUCUCUCAGUUUUCAACUGAUGGUUCUCUCUUUAUUGCGGGGUUUCAGGGUAGCCGUAUUCGGAUUUACAAUGUAGAGAAGGGCUGGAAAGUUCAAAAGGAUAUACUUGCAAAAAGCUUGCGCUGGACUGUUACUGAUACUUCUCUAUCCCCUGAUCAGCGAAAUCUGGUUUACGCAAGCAUGUCACCUAUUGUUCACAUUGUUGAUGUUGGGUCCGGUACAACCGAGUCUCAUGCAAAUGUUACGGAGAUCCAUGAUGGAUUAGACUUCUCUUCUGAUGAAGAUGGAGGGUACUCUUUUGGGAUAUUCUCUGUGAAAUUUUCAACCGAUGGACGAGAAGUUGUUGCUGGGAGCAGUGAUGAUUCCAUCUACGUUUAUGAUCUCGAAGCAAAUCGAGUUUCACUCCGGACUGUUGCACACACGUCUGAUGUAAAUACUGUGUGCUUUGCUGAUGAAAGUGGAAACCUGAUUUUAUCUGGAAGUGAUGAUAACCUCUGCAAGGUGUGGGAUAGGCGUUGUUUCAUUGGAAGAGAUAAGCCAGCUGGUGUUUUAGUGGGACAUCUCGAAGGUGUUACCUUUAUCGAUAGCCGUGGAGAUGGUCGCUAUUUUAUAUCAAAUGGUAAAGACCAAACUAUCAAAUUGUGGGAUAUCAGAAAAAUGUCCUCAAGCGCACCUGCAAGGCAUGAGGUGCUAAGAAACUAUGAAUGGGAUUACAGAUGGAUGGAUUAUCCUACUGAAGCAAGAGAUCUAAAGCACCCACUCGAUCAGUCAGUGUCAACAUAUAAAGGUCACUCAGUCUUGCGUACUCUCAUCCGUUGUUACUUCUCUCCAGCGCAUAGUACUGGCCAAAAAUACAUCUACACAGGAUCUAACGACAGUUCCGUCUACAUAUAUGACCUGGUAAGUGGAGAUAAAGUGGCAGUGCUAAAGCACCAUAGCUCACCUGUAAGAGACUGUAAUUGGCACCCGUAUUACCCAACUCUUAUAAGCUCUUCGUGGGACGGAGAUCUUGUGAAGUGGGAAUUUCCAGGGAGCGGUGAGGCGCCGAUUAUGAGUAAGAAGAGAGUUCGAAGGAGACAUUUCUACUACUGAUGCAUCUCUCUACAAAUACACAUGGUCUCUGUAA